AUGGUCGAGGAUGACGAGGGGGGCUCCAGCAUUGCGCCAAAGCCAGCCAAGAAGGCAAAGGGCUCCUCUUCGGGCGCUGGUUCGCAUGGCAAAGAUGACGAAGGAAACCCCUUCUGGGAGCUGUCAAAUAAGCGUCGGGUGGGAGUCUCGCAGUUCAAGAAGAUAAGUCUCAUCAAUAUCCGAGAGUUCUACGAGAAGGACGGCAAGACGCUCCCGGGAAAGAAGGGCAUCUCCCUCUCCGUCGAACAAUACACGGCCCUGCUCAAGGCAGUCCCGGCUAUCAAUGCCGCUUUACGUGACCUCGGCAACACUAUUGACGAAUCUGAUGAGCCCACGUCGACCGCUCUCAUCCCAACCUCAAAGCCUAAGAAAGACAGGUCGAAAUCGGACAAGGCCAAUAUCGACGCAACCAGUGACGAAGAUGAGGACUGA